AUAUUUAAUAUUCGAAAGAUUAAUAAAACAGAACAUUCUAUAAACAUGCAAUCUGACUAAACUGCGAUGAAGGGUGCAAAUAAUACUUGUAAACUCUCAAAAGUUCAAUAAAGAAGUAUAAAUAAUUAUUAUCAGAAUUUUAUAUUUUAAUUUUGCAGAGUAAUCAGUAAUGUGUUGACUUUUGUAAAAUGUAUUGCUAGAACCACUUUUGUGAUAUUGAACAAUGUUUAUUGUAUACCUACGUAUGUAGUAUGGAUGACAUUAUUAUUCCCUGUAAAAGUUUAUCAACCACAAGUGUAUUGGAGGAUCGAAGGAUUAUUUUUCCAUUGGCUUUUAGCAAUGGUAUCAAUGUGGACUUGGUCUGCAGGCUAUGAUAUAAUAGAAGAAGGUGAUGACAUACAACAAAUUAUUAGUGAAAGAACAUUAGUUUUGGCAAAUCAUCAAAGCACAGGUGAUGUUCCUCUAUUAAUGACAACAUUUAAUGCCAAACCAAAUGUGUUACCCAAUUUGAUGUGGAUUAUGGAUAGGAUUUUUAAAUUUACUAAUUUCGGUGUAGUUUCUGUUUUACAUCAGGAUUUCUUCAUUGUAUCCGGACGUAAGAAACGAGAAGAAAGUUUAAGGCAGUUAGAAAAGCAUAUAAAAGAGAAAUAUAUUCCACUGAACAGAAAAUGGAUGGUACUUUUUCCUGAAGGAGGUUUUUUAUGCAAGAGGCGAGAGACCUCACAGAAAUAUGCUAAGAAGAAUAAUUUGCCAAUCCUUGAAAAUGUAACAUUACCAAGAGUGGGAGCAUUGCAAACUAUAUUUGAUACAAUUGGUCCGUCACAAGAGAACAGUACAUCCGAACAAGAAUCAAACAAUGGACCAAACAUGGCGGUAGCUAAACCACAAAUCAAUUGGAUUCUUGAUAUAACAAUAGCAUAUCCCGAAGGUAAACCAUUGGAUUUACCAACAAUUAUAACUGGUUCACGUCCGCCAUGUGAAACAGUUUUGUUUUAUCGAAUCUAUCCUAGUUCAGCGGUAAGUGUCGAAUUACAGCUAAUAAUAUAAGUGACCUUUUGAAUUUUGCAACGCUAGUACU